CCUAUUAUCAGCAAGCCACAUGGAAAUCACCAAUUCGAUCGCAUGUGCAACGUCUGCGAUUCUGUUGAAGGCUUGUUUUAUAGGUGUGAGCUCUGUGAAUUCGAUGUCCACCCUCUCUGUACUCAGUUGCCUGAAACAUUGCGCCAUGUCCUGCAUCAGGCCCAUCCUUUAAGGCUUCUAGGCUCGUCCGAAUCAGGAACCUGUGCUGUUUGUAGAGGAGCAUGUAACCGUUCUUCGUGGCGUUACAGGUGUCAACUAUGUGAAUUCGAUAUUCAUAUGGGUUGUCUUGUGGUACAAUGUGAAAAGAAAACAACAUGGCUCGGAAUCACGACGUACGUUCCGCCUUCUGUAUUCCCUCAGACUCAAUAUUUUGGUGGCUAUGCUUAUGAGAUUCCAUAUUGGUAUCCUAGUCAAGGUCAGGUUCAAACUCAUCAUGGUGGAAAUGGUAGACGAAUUGGGAAAAUUAUGUUUGUGUUGGUGAAAAUACUUGAAAUGUCUGUGUUGAUAUUUGGGCUAUGAAAGUACGAGAGGGAAGAGGUAGGGGUGUUCAAAACCGAACCGAAACCGAAAACCGAACCAAAACCGAAGCUUAAUGGCUUAUUGGUA